AUGAGAUGGAUAUCCGGAGUCUCGACCGCAGCCACAGUGCUGCUUGCCACCACAGUCUCAGCCCAGACAUGGAGCAAAUGUAAUCCUCUCCAGAACAGCAACUGUCCCAGCGACGAUGCCCUCGGCAUGAGCAUCGACAUCGACUUCUCCAAAGGCGAGGUGAACUCCUUCGCAGCCUCCGGAUCGCCCAAAUACGACAGCGAGGGCGUCUCUUUCACCGUCGCCCGCGCCAAUGACGCGCCGCAGCUGGCAUCCCUCUUCUACAUCAUGUUCGGCCGCGUCGAGAUCACGAUGAAGGCUGCUCCCGGAGCCGGUAUCGUAUCGUCGCUCGUUCUCCAGUCCGACGUGCUCGACGAGAUCGACAUUGAAUGGCUCGGCUCCGAUAAUGACGAGAUCCAGUCAAACUACUUUGGAAAGGGCCAGACGACCUCUUACAACCGCGGCGAGUUUCACGACGUGACAAACACGCAGGGCGAGUGGAUUACAUACACCAUCGACUGGACCAAGGAUCGCAUCGUCUGGAUGGCUGGCGGCACUGUCGUCCGAACCCUCAACGCUGGCGACGCCGAGGAUAAUCAAUACCCUCAAACUCCGAUGCAAGUCAAGUUUGGCGCCUGGGCUGGUGGUGACCCCAAUACAAACUCCGCAGGCACCGUCAAAUGGGCCCGUGGACCGACAGACUACUCCAAAGGUCCCUUCACCAUGAAGGUCAAGAGUGUCGUUGUCACGGACUACUCAACUGGUGACGAGUACAAAUACAAGGACACAUCUGGCUCCUGGGAGUCAAUCGAAUCUGUCGGCGGUGAGAUCAACGGCAACGAAAACGGCGAUGCAAUGACCGUCACUGCUACCGCCCAAGGAACUGUCGCUACAGCAGAUGGAAACGUUCCUGUUGGAGGUAUCGCCGAGGACGGAAGUCCCGCUACAGCUACACAGACGGGAUGGCCCUGGACCGGCUCCCGACCCUCUGGCGGAGCUAUCCCCGAAGGCUGGAGGCUCAACGCCAAGGGGAAAAUCAUCCCCGCCGAGAACAGCGCCUUCGUUCUUCAGCCUUUACACAGCGUUAUUGCUGUUAUACCCUUCUUGGCCGGCAUCAUGACAUUAGCUGGUCGUUUCUUCUAG